UCUGAAAAACGGAAAACCGUGAGCUUUGAUAUCCGGUUUAAGAAUGGAUUAGUAGUAGAACGCUGCUAACUCGUAUGUACCCUCAUAUCUGAAAUAUUAAGCGGGAAAAGAACGUAUAAUGUCUCUUUCAGCUGCACGCUCGUUCCUGUCGGAGGCUUGCUAUGGCGAGCAAGAACUUGACGCAAAUUCUGCGCUUAUGGAGCUGGACAAAGGGCUGCGGUCGGGAAAACCGGGGGAGCAGUGCGAGGCUGUGGUGCUCUUCCCAAAACUCUUCCUCAAGUACCCGUUCCCCAUCCUCAUUAACUCUGCGUUCCUGAAACUUGCAGACAUAUUUAGACUUGGGAACAACUUUCUUCGACUGUGUGUACUCAAAGUAACACAGCAGAGUGAGAAACAUCUGGAAAAAAUCCUCAAUGUGGAUGAAUUUGUCAAAAGGGUGUUUUCAGUCAUCCAUAGCAAUGACCCUGUGGCCCGAGCCAUCACACUGAGGAUGCUGGGCAGUUUGGCUUCCAUUAUCCCAGAGAGGAAAAACGCCCACCACAGUAUUCGCCAGAGUCUCGACUCUCAUGACAACGUGGAAGUGGAAGCAGCUAUAUUUGCUGCAGCCAGCUUUUCUGCACAGUCAAAAGACUUUGCUGCUGGGAUUUGCAACAAAGUCAGUGAGAUGAUUCAAGGUUUAGACACCCCCGUCGACCUGAAGCUGAAGUUGAUCCCCAUGUUGCAGCACAUGCAUCACGAUGCCAGUCUGGCAUCCAGCAGCCGAGAACUUCUGCAGAACCUUGUCACCUCGUACCCCUCCACCCCUAUGGUCAUUGUCACCCUGCACACUUUCACCCAGCUGGCGGCCUCCUCCCUCAUUGAUAUACCCAAGCAGUUGCAGCUCCUCCUUCAAUACCUGAAGGAUGACCCACGGAAGGCUGUGAAAAGACUUGCAAUUAACGAUUUAAAGCUCCUGGCAAGAAAGGCUCCUCAUCUUUGGAUUAAAGAAAACACUCAGACCCUGUGCGAGUGUGCACUGAGCAGCCCAUAUGUUAGCUUGAAGCUGGGAAUGUUAGCUGUGCUGUCUACCCUAUCUGGAACAAUUGCAAUAAAGCAGUACUUUAAUCAUACAACAGGCGGCGUCUCCGCUCCUUCCCGGCUCACCGACCUGGUGAAAUUGGCACAAGAGUGCUGUUACCACAGUAACCUGGCUCUCGCUGCUCACGGCGUUAUAGUGCUGUCCAACAUUGUCAUUUCCUGUCCAGAAAAAGAUAUAGCCCAUCUGGAGCAGGAUACAUUGUUGGGGGUGGAGUCCCUGCUGAUGCUUUGCAGUCAAGACAGUAGCGCUAGUGCCCAGGCUACACUCAAAACGACACUCACCUCGUUAGUCAAGUUGCUAAAGAGUCGGCCCCACCUUAGCCAGUCGGCUGUGGAGUUCCUGCUAGGUCAGCUUCACUUGUCCUGUGACUCGUCCCGCGUUCUCAUGUGUCACGCUCUGGCAGCCAUCGCCACCCACCUGCCCGUGCUGGGCGACAGCAUGCUGGGAGAUCUGGUGGAUCUCUUCGGAGUGGCCAGUCACUCGUCUACUGACAAACAGCAAGAGCUUCUGGUUUCCUUGGCAACAGUGAUUUUUGUAGCUAGUCAGUCAUCUUUGACAGCCGAAGUAAAGACGGUCAUCAAACAGCAACUUGAGAACGUCGCCAAUGGUUGGACCGUAUACCGGAUUGCACGGCAAGCUUCUCGUAUGGGGUGCCACGAGCUCUCCAGCGAACUCUACCAAAGCCUGCGGACCCGCGUGGCAUCUGAGCACUUUUACUUCUGGCUCAACAGCCUGAAGGAGUUCUCCCAGGCCGAGCAGUGCCUGACCCAUAUGGACGACGGCGACUACAGCGGGGCUAUGAGCGCCAUCGCAGAGGCCCUGCGCUCCUACCAAAAGGGCAUCGCUUCCCUCACGGCGGCCAGCACGCCUCUAAAUCCACUUACGUUCCAGUGUGAGUUCAUUAAGCUGCGGAUCGACACCCUGCAAGCCCUGUCCCAGCUCAUUUGUACCUGCAACAGCCUCAAGACCAGCCCGCCGCCUGCCAUCGCCACCUCCAUCGCCCUGAGCUCGGGCAAUGACCUGCAGCGCUGCGGCCGCAUCUCCAUUCAGAUGAAAGUGUGCAUGGAUGAGUUCAAAAGUCUUGCUGCUCGCUACGCCGAGCUACAUCAGUCAUCGUUUGACGCCGACUAUGCCACCCUUCGCAAUGUGGAGCUACAACAACAGAGCUGUCUGCUUGUCUCCCACGUGAUCGAGGCUCUGAUUUUGGAUCCGCAGACAGCCUGUUAUCAGGAGUACGGCCCCCUCGGCUCGGUUCAGCCCGAGAGUGAAUAUGAGCGACGCAUGAUGUCGGUCUUCACCCAUGUUCUGGAGGAAGUGGAGAACCUGAACAAGAAGCAUCCACCUGUGUCAUACUUGCAUACAGGUUGUCUUUGUGACGCCAUCAUAGCGCUACUGAAGGUGCCGCUUUCUUUCCAGAGGUACUUCUUCCAAAAGCUUCAAUCAACCAGCAUCAAGCUCGCUCUCUCGCCGUCCCCCCGAACGCCAAACGAGCCCAUCACGGUACAGAACAACCAGCAGCUGACUCUAAAGGUGGAGGGCGUGGUUCAGCACGGCACGAGCCCAGGACUCUUUAGGAAGAUCCAAUCUGUCUGUCUCAGUGUCACAUCCACUCUGCAGAGCAAGUCGGGACCAGACUACAAGAUUCCUCUGGACAGUACAACCAAUGAGAUCGAGCAGCGGGUAGAACCUCAUAAUGACUACUUUAGCACCCAGUUCUUGCUCAAUUUCUCCAUCCUUGGCACCCACGGCGUCACCGUGGAGGCCUCCGUUGUGGAUGAGAGCGGCAUCGAGUGGAAGACUGGGCCCAAGACGACCCUGUCGGUCAAGUCCCUGGAGGAUCCUUACUCCCAACAGCUCCGCCACCAAAUGCAACAAGCUGGAACUCAGCCUGCUUCUCAGAGGGGCGCUUACAGUCGAUUCUAGGUUUGUUGUUAUGUUUGUACCUAUUUGUUCAAGCGAUUAAAGGAGCAGAUGUACUUUC